GGUGACAUGGAUAUGUGAAGAUGAAUUAUUCUGCAGUGGCUGAAUUCUUUCUGAUGGGGCUUUCCCAAUACCCAGAACUCCAGCUUUUUCUAUUUGUGGUCUGUCUUAUCAUGUACAUGAUAAUCCUCUUAGGAAAUAGCCUCCUCAUUUUCAUCAGCAUCUUGGAUUCUCGCCUCCACACUCCUAUGUACUUCUUUCUUGGAAACCUCUCGUUCUUGGAUAUUUGUUAUACAUCAUCAUCAAUUCCUCCCAUGCUCAUUAUGUUUAUGUCUCAGAGAAAAUCAAUCUCCUUCAGUGGCUGUGCUCUGCAAAUGGUUAUCUCCCUUGGCUUGGGUUCUACUGAGUGUGUCCUCCUGGCUGUGAUGGCCUAUGACAGGUAUGUAGCCAUCUGCAACCCACUGAGGUAUCCCAUCAUCAUGAACAAGGUAUUAUAUGUACACAUGGCUGUAUGGUCCUGGGUCAUAGGCUGUCUGAACUCCUUAGUACAAACAGUACUGACAAUGGUGUUACCUUUCUGUGGUAAUAAUGUCAUUGAUCAUCUUACCUGUGAGAUACUGGCUCUUCUCAAACUUGUAUGCUCAGAUAUCUCCAUAAAUGUACUUAUCAUGACUGUGGCAAGUAUUGUUUUAUUGGUGAUUCCUCUGCUGUUAAUUUUUCUGUCCUAUAUUUUCAUUCUCUCUUCCAUCCUGAGAAUUAAUUCUUCUGAAGGUAGAAAGAAAGCCUUUUCUACCUGCUCAGCCCACCUGACUGUGGUCAUCUUAUUCUAUGGUUCAGCCCUUUUUAUGUACAUGAAGCCCAAGUCAAAGUUCACCAAAGCAUCUGAUGAAAUCAUUGGACUGUCUUAUGGAGUGGUAACGCCAAUGUUGAACCCCAUCAUCUACAGCUUGAGGAAUAAGGAGGUGAAAGAAGCUGUGAAGAAAAUCUUGAGCAGAAAUUUGAAUUUAUGGAAAACAUGAAAAGGCUUGACACAUGCAAUAUCCUGAGUAUGAAAUCAGAUCAGAUACCUACAGAUAAAGUCUGCUUGUAAGGUCAAAGAUGACACUCCCAUUCUUUUCAACACUGAAUGUUCAUGUAAACUUUCUGAGUAAUGAUUUAUCUGCAGAAUUUUCCCUCUACUUUCUAUUCUCUCCCCUCUUCUAUUUCUUUUCCUUUUAUAUUAGUCUUUCUUUCCUUAACUUCCUUCUUCUUGUCCUCCUUCUUUCAUCUACUGAUUUUCUCUUCCUUCCUGUUGUCUUCUCUAUCUCCUCUCCCCAUCAUUUUGAACUGAAAGCAUACGGGUUUUUGGCUUUUGUUUUUGUUUUGUUCAGCAUCCCCUCUUCUGGGAAAAUAAAGGAUUUUUUUUUAUUCAACAAAAAUCCCUUCCUUUGAAUCUACGUGGUGCUGGAGGAGGCUAACCCAAACUUUUUGGAACUGAACAUAGCCCUAGCCAAUUAAAAACCAAAUCUUGGGG